CAUGAUUGUCUCUUAAUCUCCACAUGUUUAUCUCAAUACACCAAAAGUGUAUAGGCUUGCGUGUAUGUGAUCAGUGGAUUUUACAUUUGUUAAUAUGUGUUGAUAUAUAAGCUGACUCAAGACCCCAAAAGCGGUCUCUCUCUAUACUUUGCUUCUCUCUCUAAACUUUCUCUCCUCUCUCAAGUUUUUUCCUAAACGAUGAAGGUUUUCGUGAAGACUCUCAAGGGGACAAACUUCGAGAUCGAAGUAAAGCCUUCGGAUACGGUCUCUGAUGUUAAAAGAGCUAUAGAAAACAUUCAUGGUGCGCUAUACCCCGCUGCUCAGCAGAUGCUGAUCCACCAAGGAAAGGUUCUCAACGAUGCGAGUACAUUGGAACAGAACAGCGUUGUUGAGAACAGUUUCAUUGUUAUCAUGCUGUCUAAGGCCAAGGUUUCUUCAAGCGGUGCAUCGACUGCAUCGGCACCCGCACCUGCACCAGCACCUCAGACCCAGCCUGCACAGACAGUAGCCACACCUCAGGUUUCUGCUCCAGCUGUCUCAGUUCCAGAGCCUACAAGUGUUGCAGCACCGGCUGUUCCUGCAGCUGCUGCUUCGACUCAAGCAGAUGUUUAUGGUCAAGCAGCUUCAAACCUUGUUGCUGGAACUAACUUAGAAUCCACCGUUCAGCAAAUUCUUGACAUGGGUGGAGGUAGUUGGGACCGUGACACUGUUAACCGAGCCCUGAGAGCUGCCUUCAACAACCCUGAAAGAGCCGUUGAAUAUCUGUACUCAGGCAUCCCUGCUCAAGCUGAACUCCCAGCAGCCCCUCAAGCCGCAGCUGCAGCUGGACAGGCUGCAAACCCUCUAGCACAGCCCCAACAAGAAGCUGCUCCAGUUCCUGCAACUGGUGGUCCCAACGCGAAUCCGUUAAACCUGUUCCCUCAGGGCAUGCCUGCUGCAGACGCUGGUGCUGGAGCUGGUAAUCUUGAUUUCCUCCGUAACAGUCAACAGUUCCAAGCUUUGCGAGCUAUGGUACAAGCAAACCCACAAAUUCUUCAGCCUAUGCUUCAAGAGCUCGGUAAACAAAACCCACAGCUUGUGCGACUAAUCCAAGAGCACCAGGCUGACUUUCUACGCUUGAUAAACGAGCCCGUCGAGGGAGAAGAGAAUGUGAUUGAACAAUUGGAAGCAGCAAUGCCACAAGCUGUUACCGUCACACCUGAAGAGCGUGAAGCCAUUGAACGGCUUGAAGCGAUGGGGUUUGAUCGUGCGAUGGUGUUAGAAGUGUUCUUUGCGUGUAACAAGAAUGAAGAACUUGCAGCUAACUAUCUUCUAGAUCACAUGCACGAGUUUGAGGACCAAUAAUGGAAACAAGAAGAAACAAAGCAAAAUCCAUUUCUUCCUCCUACCACCUAAACUCAGAGACCCAUCUUUUCUGUUUCUUUUUUUUUUUCUUCUCUUUUAAGAUUUACUUUUAUGAUAAUCUCUCUUCUCUCAAUGCAUUUGACAAGUUUCAUGUUUAUGUUCAUGGGAGUUGAUGUGCUUAUGUGUUACAUUUAAAACUUAUCAUAGUUUAUCUUGUUUGAAGAUGUUUCUCCCUUUAUCCUCUUUAGGCUUCAAAUUUACUAGAUCAUCAGUUGAAAAUUUGGUUCUGAAUUGCAUUAAAG